AGUCCGCCGCUGGUCCGCCACAAACUUUCUUCCGUGGCCUAUGGGCUCGAUUCUGUAGCCCUUUCACGGAAUAGGCGCAGUACAUCGGGCGGAGGCACUAGAGAGAACUCGGAGAAAGAUUUCGCCUUUCGUGGACUACGGUAGCGAGGAGGAUGAGCGGGAAUAAUGGCGUGAACAAGGGCCUUCUGUGGAGGCUUCCGGUGGUGAAAUCCAAGAAUCUCGGGAAGCUCGGACCGGGUUUCGGUUUCGGCGCAGGCUGUGGUGUCGGUGUCGGUGUUGGACUUUUUGGAGGUGCAGGAUUAGGGGCUGGAUUUCCUGGCCUUCAAUUUGGUGUUGGAAUUGGUGCCGGAUGUGGAAUAGGCUUUGGCUUUGGUUAUGGCAUGGGAAAGGGAAUUGCAUAUGAUGAGAAUCGGAGAUAUUCAAAUGUUGGAAAACUCUUUCGGGGAAAUGGAAAUCUUCCAUCUCAGGACCGCAUUGAUGCUUUACUGGAUGAGAUGGUUGUAAAUACUAAAAAGUUAAUCGAAGCAGCUUCAAGGGAGAUUGAGAAGUGGAGAUGAACACAAAACUGCUCUCCAACUUGUUCAAGUCAUUUCCACAUCUAAUGUUAGCAUCCCCAUUGAUCCGAACCUCAGUAGUUCAGUUCUUCAGGUUUUUACUUCUUGUUGGUAGUUAUUUUGUUCUAAUAAACACAUAUUCUUGUGUCUCUGCCAUGAUUUCAUCUAUAUCAAGCACGUCGAGCUGGUUGCAUCAAUAGCUUUUGAAGUUCUUGAUAGUGUGCUUCAUAAGCUUGAACUUAACUAUUAAGUUAUGAACGAUGAUUCUCAUUCAGGUCUACUAAUGAGUAAGAAAUUGAGCAUUCCAAAAUAUUGUCUUUCGUUUUAA